UGUCUCCCUUUUCAGCGGCCGCUCUUUAUGCUAGCCGUGACGACAAAAAUCCCACAGGGACUCCGAAGUUAGUCCAUAGUAUACGUGGCAUUGUGCAAGUCGUCUGGCUUUUUCCCCACUUUCAUUUCUUCAGACUGCAGUAAACUAAACUAUCAGCAUGUCCAAGUCGGAACACAUUCUGAGUCAUUAUAACCCAGCAGUAAUGGAAAUGCACCGUGCUCUCAAACUGGCGCAGGACACGGGAGCUUCCCCAGAUGUGAUUAAAUCAAUCGAGACGGCGUUGGAGCUGGUGGAUCUACGGGAGAAGUACACUGAUUCGGUCACCAGUGGGGAGACGGAAGUUUUCCAUAAGAUCCUCACGGAGACCUACAAGCAUGACUGGCAAAGUUUACACUCAGAUGGGAAAACCAAGUGGAAUCUGAGACCCAAGAUGAUGACCGGGAAUUUGGAAGGUCAGUUUUUAAAGUCUAUGGUGAGCAUUCAAAAUGCAAAGCGUGUUCUGGACAUCGGCAUGUUCACUGGGUAUAGUGCACUGUCUAUGGCUGAGGCCCUACCUGCUGAUGGAGAACUUGUGACUGUUGAUUUAGAAGAGUAUCUGGAGACCUUUACUGGAUCUCUGCUUCGGGAGUCGCCUCAUUCCAAGAAAAUACAAAUCUCUAUCGGCUCACCCUCAGACUACAUGAGAGAAGCGGUGAAGGCGGGAAAAACUUUCGACCUGAUCUUUUUGGACGCGGACAAAUCUUAUUACCUGGAAUUCUUCAAGAUCAUAUUUGAAGAGGGCCUACUGGCUCCCCGUGGGACGGUACUGGUCGACAACGCCUUUGCACACGGUUCGGGUUACAAGCCAUCUGCUGAAGAGAACUCCACUCAACGGGUUGCAUCUGCUGUGGAGGCUGAUCAGUCUCUUCACAAGGUUAUGGUGCCUCUCCGAGACGGUGUGUUGAUACUGCGUAGAAAGACGGAUGUCGUUGGCGAGGUGCCACAAUGAUGAUACAGAAACAAAAGUUAACGCUGAUCUAUGGGGCUCUCAAACAGAUGUACUGGAAUUGGAAUGUUUGACUGCGGUUUUUGCAAGUCACAUCGAUGGUGUCAUUCCUGAAUCGAGCAAUUGGAAGGAAUAAGUCAACUUUUUUUUUGUUCGUCUGUAACGUAUUCUGCGGUCAGUCUGCAGGCUCGCAGACAUCAGGAGUCAGCUUGCACUAAAAGUUGAUUUUUAAAAAAUAUUGUGGGUUAAUUUUUGUGUCGUCUCUUGUUAUUUAAACCAAAAGAUUUCAUUUGGGAGUUGAACAUUUUUCAAGAAAUGAGGGACACAGUUAGAGUAUACUGUAGGCCCUGUUGUAGAUGGUGAUCACGUUUACAUAAACUAUGGGAUUGUUUUUGUUACAUAGAUUAUCCACUGCCUGCUUAUCAGUAAAUUUGUCAUUUCGUUUCAAGGGAUAUUUCCAGCUUGACUUCUUUAGUUUCCUUUUUCUAGUAUCUUAGUCACAUGGAAGUUGACUAUACACCAUUUAAGAUAUACACGCUCUACGCAGCCUAAUAAAAAAUAACAAUUACCUUUUAUUUAACACAUAUCAUUCUCUGGGCACUACUAGUCGUAUCUAAAUGCACUACAGUUUCUACAGCUGGGAAAAGGAUAUGCGGUAGAUCAAGCGUCUAGUGCCUACUUUUCAUUCGGUCAUUUUUUCCGCGUUAUAAUGGCCACUCCAUGGAAAGACAAUGUGACGAUGUGAGGCCGCACCAAGGUCAGGCUAAGUCACUGAUUGAACAUUUCGAAUCACCAUCAAAGUACAUCCAGCUUUCCUCUUCCCUCCAGAACGCACACGGUACAACACAUCAUUAUAAUAAUAAUAUGUGUAAUAGUGAGUGCAAUAUCUACGCAAUCCACUUGGGCCUCUUGUGGGUCAAGUAGGAACAAUUUGCUGGGUCAGAUGUUGUUUUGCUUCAUUUGAUUUUUUUUCUCGUUUGCUUUCUUGUCCAUUGUUAUGGGAUUUUGUCAAGUGAUGGAUCACUGUUAUUAACGAGCAUGUGUAUCCAAAUGCCUGCAGUAAAAGAACGUUUGCUCUUUUGUUUGAUACACUGUUUUACUGACAGCUUGAUCCCACAAUAAAUUAAUAUUUUGUCUG